AUUUAAACCCCCCCAAGUUAGACUCUCUGGCUCUCUCCCCUGUUUUUAUUGUCACCUUCCCAACAACUCCGAUCCACUUCUCGGUUCUUACUGCUGCUUUUCUUUUGCUUAUUUUUUAUUCCCCAGCCGGCGGAGAUUGGCAUCAUCAAUCUCUGCUAAGAACCCAUUUUUGAGAUAUCUCCCUUUUCAAUCCGAUUCGUCUUUUGCUGAAGCCAUGGGAUUCGAGAAGAUCAAGGUGGCCAACCCCAUCGUUGAGAUGGACGGUGACGAGAUGACCCGUGUCAUUUGGCAAUACAUCAAGGACAAGCUUAUUUUCCCUUUCUUGGAGUUGGAUAUUAAGUAUUUCGACCUCGGCCUUCCUCACCGUGAUGCUACUGACGACAAAGUUACUAUUGAAAGUGCAGAAGCUACUUUGAAGUAUAAUGUUGCAAUUAAGUGUGCUACCAUCACUCCUGAUGAAGCUCGUGUAAAGGAAUUUGGUUUGAAGUCUAUGUGGAAGAGUCCAAAUGGAACUAUUAGGAACAUCUUAAAUGGCACUGUCUUUAGAGAGCCAAUUCUUUGCAAAAAUGUUCCCAGACUUGUUCCAGGAUGGACAAAGCCAAUAUGCAUUGGAAGACAUGCAUUUGGAGACCAGUACAGAGCUACUGACACAGUCAUUAAAGGAGCAGGAAAACUGAAAUUGGUGUUUGUGCCGGAAGGAUCUGAUGAAAAGACAGAACUUGAAGUCUACAACUUUACUGGUGCCGGUGGAGUGGCUUUGUCUAUGUAUAACACAGAUGAGUCUAUCCGUGCUUUUGCUGAUUCCUCAAUGGCUACUGCUUAUGAGAAGAAAUGGCCACUUUAUCUUAGCACGAAGAAUACCAUCUUGAAAAAAUAUGAUGGAAGGUUCAAGGACAUUUUCCAAGAGGUAUACGAGGCCAGCUGGAAAUCAAAGUUUGAGGCUGCUGGAAUUUGGUAUGAGCACCGUCUAAUUGAUGAUAUGGUUGCGUACGCUCUAAAGAGUGAAGGGGGUUAUGUAUGGGCUUGCAAGAAUUAUGAUGGUGAUGUUCAGAGUGAUUUUCUAGCUCAAGGGUUUGGAUCUCUUGGGUUGAUGACAUCAGUCCUGGUCUGCCCGGACGGUAAGACCAUUGAGGCUGAAGCAGCUCAUGGGACUGUUACAAGGCACUUUAGAGUUCACCAGAAAGGUGGUGAAACUAGCACUAACAGCAUUGCCUCAAUCUUCGCUUGGACCCGAGGACUGGCUCACAGGGCAAAGUUGGAUAACAAUCCCAGACUGUUGGACUUCACUGAGAAGUUGGAGUCUGCAUGCGUUGGUGUUGUAGAGGCAGGAAAAAUGACAAAGGAUCUUGCACUUAUCAUUCAUGGAUCUAAGCUAAGCAGAGACAAGUAUCUGAACACGGAGGAGUUCAUUGAUGCUGUUGCUGAUGAUUUGAAAGCAAGAUUGUCUUACAAAGCGUAAGUGUCUCUUUAGGAUGUGGACCGGUGCUGUUCGGGGUUUUGAGUAAGAAGAAAUGAAGGGGUCGGAAAGAAUUUUAUUGAUGAGGCUCAUUGAAGUUUUGGUGGAUCACUCUUUUAGUCCUCCAUUGUUAGACACCUGGUGUAAUCCAUCGCAGACUUUUUUUCGUUGUCCAAUUUCAAAUCUUUAUGAUUUCUUUUAAUCAUUGGCUUUUUUUCUUUUUUUUUCUCUCUCUCUCUCUCUCUCUCUCUUGGGUACAUUAGUUUGUCAUCUUUGUGACUGUUGAAUGCAACCUGCAAGUUUAACUUACUCAACUCACACGUCGCUGACGUCAGUUUUUCUCUUAUAUUUUACGUUCUCUUUCAAAGAAAAGUAAUGAACUAAUAGAGAGAUAAAUGUUGUCCAUAGAAAGGAGAGUUUUUUUGUUUGCUCAUCUUACAUUAGAA